AAACCCAAGCCCAGCUUCUUCCUUAGCUAUUCAUCUUCUUCUCUUACUUACCGCUUGUUAACUGAUUAGGCCAUGGCUUCCAACAAGUUCAAGUUCUUAUUUGGAUUGGUUUUGCUUCUAAUAGGCACGGCCUCUGCUCAGUUGUCCUCCAACUUUUACGCGACAACGUGCCCUAAUGCACUCUCCAUCAUCAAUAAAGCAGUGGUCUCUGCUGUAUCAAAAGAGGCGCGCAUGGGAGCAUCCUUGCUUCGUCUUCAUUUCCAUGACUGCUUUGUUAAUGGAUGCGAUGCAUCCAUCCUCUUGGACGACACUUCAAAUUUCACCGGAGAAAAGACGGCCGGUCCAAAUAACAAUUCCGUUAGGGGAUACGAAGUCAUAGACACCAUUAAAUCUCAGUUGGAGAGUUCAUGCCCCGGCGUUGUCUCCUGUGCUGAUAUCGUCGCAGUUGCUGCUCGUGACUCCACUGUUGCUUUGAGUGGACCAAGUUGGACUGUUCUUUUAGGCAGAAGAGAUUCAACCACAGCAAGCUUAAAUACUGCUAAUUCCGACAUCCCUUCCCCACUCUUGAAUCUUAGUGGCCUUAUUACUGCCUUCUCCAACAAAGGUUUCAGUGCUAAAGAAAUGGUUGCUCUUUCAGGAUCUCACACAAUCGGACAAGCUAGGUGCACGGUCUUCCGAACCCGAAUCUACAAUGAGACCGACAUUGAUUCCAACUUUGCAAAAUCACGGCAGGCAAAUUGUCCCAGCACAAGUGGUAGUGGAGACAACAACCUUGCUCCUCUGGACACCACGAGCCCAACAUCAUUUGACAAUGCAUAUUUCAAGAAUUUGCAGAGCCAAAAGGGGCUAUUGCACUCUGACCAACAGCUCUUCAGUGGCGGCUCUACAGAUUCACAAGUAAACGCAUACAGCACCAACGCGCAAACAUUCAAGACAGACUUUGCAAAUGCGAUGGUGAAGAUGGGGAAUCUCAGCCCACUUACGGGUUCAAAUGGCCAAAUCAGGAAGAAUUGUAGAAAAGUCAACUGAGUUUAGGCAGGCUCUGUUUCGGAAUUGUCCUUUUCUGGUUAGGAAUAAAAGUUGUUGACUUAAAAUGUUAUUUGUUUUUAUUUUGGCCAAAACAAUGUUGUUUGUGUGAUUUCACAGCUUGAUUAUAAGCAUAGUUGUCCCUACUUGCUAUUGUUCAACAAGGAAAUUGAAAGAAAAAGUCAGUUUUCUG